AUGACGAAGCACAAGAAGAAACAUCAGAGAAGUUGUUGGCUGUUGACGGAGAGUACCGGGAGCGUAUUCCUCAAGGCACUGAAACAGAGAUGCAAGAGUCUAUUACGACGUCCAAAUCGACACAGAAUCGCAUCCCAGAGUGUCUACGCGACAUCCUCAUGGGUUGCAUUAAAGAGAAAUGUGUUGGGGAUGUGGAGAAAGACGCUCGAGACGUAUGAGACCAGGACUCUCGCAGAUGGAGAAUACAGAGUCAAUAAGAACUUACCGCACCGCCCAAUAAAAUUCGACCCAGAGGAUAUUGUCCACGCUAAGCGUACUGACGUUGGCUGGCAUUGCGAAGUCCCGCAGUGCGAAGCGACUUUUCCUGGAACUUUGGCGAUCGACAUCCAUCUUCAGUCGCACGGUACAAUAAUCAAGUGGUAUUGCGGUGACUCCAGCUGCUAUACCGGUGUUGAGAGAGCAUUCAACGAUCGUGCCAGCUUCGAGUUGCAUGUAGCUACUGAGCAUAUGGGCUCUGAAUAUAGCACCAAAGCUGGGCGUCGAGUUCCGAAGGAUGAUGUGCUAUUCACCACUCUUUUGAAGUUGCUGAAAUUCAAACACUUGCCGCUCGACCAGCUAGCGGGCAAAAACGAGAUAACGAAAGCACCGACAGCCUCAAUCGAAAAAGAGGUCGACGUGAAACGUCGACAAGAAUCGGAAAGUGAUUCAGACGAUGAAAUGCGUCAAGAACUUCGCGCAUGGGGCCAGGUUUGCUAA